AUGGCCGACCUUCAGACCAUACAUGAUGAUGAUGCCCUGAGUGCGUCACCGGAGCCCGCCGCCCCGGACGGAAUCUUGGCCGGCGAAGCAGGGCUUGAGAACGGGACAGAAGCGCGGCCGAAAAUGAGAGGACGAGAUAGGCUGCUCCGUGGUCUGCAGCGCAUGUCGUCUUCACCAUCAUUGACUCGCCCCGGCCGCCAGAGAUCCGCAAGCAGUCCUUACAGCAUAUCCGGUGCUCUGUCUUGCGUCAGCCUGGCCUCCUCCGCCUCUCCGUUCGGCCAGCCGAGUGCCGGUUCCUACUUUUCCCAGUCGUCCGCCGCCGGGAACUCAAGCACACACACGUCGAUCCCGGCCACUCCCAUCACCGAGUCGCCUGUGCACGAGGAAAUGGAAUCGGCUCUGCCAGUUCGACCAGUGGGCCAUGCCGGGCCUGUCUCGACCACAGCGUCUCUGCCGUUGAGAGUCAAGUCAAGGACGAAGAUGUUCAGCUUGUGGGCGCGUAUGCCCCAUGAGCUCAAACUCUAUAUUCUUUCCUUCCUCCGUCCGAAGGAACUCGUACGGGCCUCAAGAGUGUCCAAGGAUUUCUACCACAUGUGCUUUGACGGCCAGCUGUGGACGAGUUUAGAUGCCUCCGAAUUCUACAGGGAGAUACCCGCCGAGUCACUUGCCAAGAUGAUCGUGGCGGCCGGUCCGUUCGUGAAGGACCUCAAUCUCAGGGGUUGUCUUCAGGUGGAGCAUUACCAAAGGGCCGAAGUGGUAGUCAAGGCAUGUCGAAACUUGAUGAAUGCCACACUGGAGGGGUGCCGGAACUUCAAACGGUCGACCCUGCACAGUUUGUUGAAGGCCAACAGCAAGCUCACCCACCUGAAUCUCACCGGUCUGGCGGCAGUCAACAACGCCACCUGCAAGAUUGUGGCUAAUUCCUGCCCCCUUCUGGAGGUGUUCAAUGUCUCGUGGUGCAAGCACAUGGAUGCGCGAGGCGCCAAGUUUGUGGUUGACGGAUGCCCCAAGCUCAAAGAUCUCCGAAUGGGCGAGAUCAAAGGAUUCAACAACCUGGAUGUUGCCGAGGCUAUCUUCCGGACGAACAACCUCGAGCGUCUUGUCCUAGCCGGGUGCGACGACCUGACCGAUACCGCUCUGCGGACCAUGAUUCAUGGUCAAGACCCGGAAAUUGAUUAUCUUACCGACCGCCCUUCGGUCCCGCCCCGCAGAAUCCGCCAUCUCGAUCUCUCUCGCUGUUCUCGCCUUACCAACGCAGGCGUAAAAGCCCUUGGCUACCUGGUGCCUCACCUCGAGGGCCUCCAACUCUCCGGCGUCACCCGCCUCGGCGACUCCGCCCUCGAGCCCAUCCUGGCCUCCGCCCCCUGUCUGACCCACCUCGAGCUUGAGGACCUCUCGCACCUGACGAACUCGCUUCUCUCCCAGCACCUCGCCAAAGCUCCCUGCGCGCCGGUGCUCGAGCACCUCAGCAUCAGCUACUGCGCGCGCCUGGGCGACGCCGGCAUGCUGCCCCUCAUGCGCGCCUGCACGCGCCUCGAAAGCGUCUUAAUGGACAACACGCGCAUCAGUGACCUCGUCCUAGCCGAGGCCGCGAAGAUGGUGCGCGCGCGCUCGGCGCUACGCCCCGCCGCCGCCCUUCCCCGCGUCACGCUUACCCUGGUCGUCUACGAUUGUCCGCUGGUGACGUGGACCGGCGUCCGGGAGGUGUUGAGCCGCAAUACGGACGUCUUCGCCCGCCACCGGGACUGGAAUGCUAAAGCCACUGCUGAUGACAAGGGGAAAAGGAAGGAACCGGCCAACAACGACAACAGCUUCUAUGGAGAGGUGAUUAAUGACAACAACAACAACGCCUCGUCGUCAUCGUCGUCGUCAUCGUCCUCGUUCUCAUCCAAGUCCUUGCAAGUCACCCCCCGCAACCAACCCACCAACAGCAACACCGAGGUGAUUGGGCUCAAGUGCUUCUACGGCUGGCAGAUGACGGUUGACGAGCAUACCAAGAGGGUGCUGAGGGGCGAUGUCGCGGCCGCGAGGCGACUCGAGAGGAAGUGGGCCGACUAUAUGCAGGCGAACGAGGAGGCCGAGGCGGGAGGGUCGGGUGGCAGGCGGAGGAGGAGGCGGGUUAGGGAGGCGCAGGCUGCGCAUGAUGAGGAGGAAGGGGCUGGUGGGGCUGCAGAUGACGGGGAGGAGGCUGGUGCUGGUGCUGGUGGGGGGACUACGGGGCGGAGGAGGGCUAGGACCACGGUGUGUGUGGUUAUGUGA